GAUCUUCGUGAGCGCCUCAGUUCAUGCUGCGGGUCUGCAGCAGCAGUCAGUGGGGACCGGCUAACAACCCUUUAGCCUGACCAUGACUUGACCGUAGUGCUCCGGGCUUGUCCACCUGAUUCACCUGACCAGGUACAGUGUAUAUAUGCCGAGUUCGGUCCUCGCUGGUUUUUUAUGUUUUUACCUAAAAUUACUCCAAACACAGACAGACUGAAGGUGACAGGGAGGAGGCAGCUAACAGUUAGCUCCGGUAAAAGCAGGACAUAUUGUAAUUUAAGGAAAUAUUAUAUUCUGGAGAGCACAUAUUUAGUUGUAGAACCAGAUUAAUAUCUGACAGGAUAAUAUUAUAUCAAUUAAAUAUCAGCCUUUACAAAACGGGACAUACAUGGACACAAAUACAAUCCAAUCUAGAGUAAAUGAGAAUUGUUGAGAGACAAUUUCUAGUUUUUCUUGAUUGUUGUAGGCUUUAAUGAUGCUUUUCAGUUUAAUUUGUAGGUUCAGAUAAGAUAUCACAUGUAAGUAAUGUGGCCCCUCAGGCUCUAAGAUGUACGUUUGAAGCAGCAUCAGAAAAAUAUCUGAACACCAUGCAACAGUUACUAUGAAUUUAUGUUAAAAAUAAGGAGUCAUUGUUCUACCAGGGGUUACUUUAUACAUUUCAUCCAAAAAAUAAAUGAACUAACUAUUUAGUGUUAGAAAAAAAUCAUGUAUUGUUUGACUGAAGCGUAUCAGAAGAUAGUAAAUAGAAGUAAAUAGUUAACUGUUAAUUUACAGUUGACUUCUUAAACAAAAUUUUCUACUAUUUGAUAUUUAUAGUGUUUAAAGAGUCUUUUUGAUGGACAAUUAGAUUUCAUUUAAUGCUUUAAUAGAUUACUUUGUGUUAAAAACAACCCUGUUUACACCAGGAUUAUAGCAACAGUGCAACCUUGAAUUGUGGUGGGAUGAAAUGGAGGUUUUUCUGUUUUUUUAUGUCUGAUUAUUUACACCGACAACAUCUGCCAUAGGUACAGUCAGUAAGUCAGUACUAUUGAGGUUUAUAAAUGAUAUUUAAUUAUGCAAUAGCAGAAAUAUAGAGUUGGAGUAUCAGCUAUUACUUUCAAAAUACCAAAUUAAAUUUUCAAUUAUCAGUUUCAAUAGUUUAACUCAAAGUCCUGAAAUUUCAAGAGGAUCAAAAACGUUUUAUUAUUCUAAUAUUUUUGCCUUAUGAUGAUAUAAAAUAUUCAUGCAGUCUUUGAUCAAAAUAAAAUAAUCAAAUACUAUCAUUUAUGGAGGAGACAUGAUUCUAUUUAACCAGUCUGAAGUUUAGGUCUAAAGUCCGUCUGAAGGUUAGACUCAGCAGAUGUAUCGUUCCCUGUUUUUCUCAGAUGGCAGAGACAGCAGGACGAGGUAAAGCUUAUUACAGUGGGAUUCACAGGAAGUGAAGUGAUCUCUGUGUGUUAUAAGACCAGAUUUAGGACAGCUGGUUGCCAUAGCGACUGUGUUGCCCUGCUUUGUGCCACUCUCUCAUGUUCUUUCUGUUUCUGCCAGGUACAGAGCAUAGACACUAGAUUUGCAUGUAAACUCCUGUCUCCUCAACCUCUCUCUGCAACGAGCAAAGAUGAUGCUGAGCACUGUUUAUAUGACUCUUAUUUUCUCUCCUUCUCAAUUCAGGAUGGUAAUUUAAGCCAAUACCUCUUAUUCUUAACAUUCUGCCAUGAGGAAGACAAAGGGCGAAAUGUUGAAUGACUUCAUUAAAUAGAGAUGAGUGAUAUCAAGUCUAGAUUUUGAGAUGUCAGGAAUUUUAAGCUUUCAUUUCGACUGCUGAUUCAAGCUUUGUUUCUUUUUUUACACUUUUGGCUCCAUAAACUGAAGACAGGAAUAUUGAUUGGGUAAACCAAAUCUGAAAGUGUUCAGAGGAAGUGAUGACAAAGUAGCCACAGACUCACUAAACCAAUGCGCAAACAGUAUGUUUUGUUGCAAUACAGUAAAGCUCCAUUGUUGUGUAGAAAUUAAACCAAAAGGGGGAUUUACAAGUCAAGCCAACCCAUCUACUUUAUCAAGAACCAAACUGAUAAUGUGUUUUGAAAUUCUUUUAAAUCCAGUAGUAUCCAGCAAAUAUGCUUUACUUCAACUGACUUAAAUUUAGAAUGAAGUUUAUUAGUGACUCGAUCAACUUAUUUUCAAACUGUGAUUUGAACCUUUUUUAUUUGUCAUUUACAAUUCAUUCAACAUCUUCAUGGUUUUGGGCUGUAAAUCAACCAAAAAAUAACUCUUGAUAUGUCAACUUUAUGUAUUUCAUAGAAAAAAAAAUCGAUCAAUAGAUGAGGUCAAAAAGAGGUCAUAUGCUAAACCCUUGUCUCAUUAAAAAGGACUGUUUGAAUUUAGUAAAGAUUAACCCUCAGAUAACUUUGUGCCAGUCAUAAUGAAUAGAGCCUCAGUUUAAUGAUCAGUUUAUUAGCAGUUAUUAAUACUGUAAUCAUUUUGCUGCUUUUCAACACAUGACAGUAAUAACUUUUUUAUUUUAAAAUAAUGUUCUCUUUAUUAGCUAUAUGGGAUUAAAUUUAGAAGGGAUACAUUUCAGCUCUAAACUGACUUGGCGUUUGGGAUGAGGAUGUCAUGGGUUUCCCCUCCUGGGCCGGUGGUGACGUCACGCUUGAAAACCCAGCUCUGCAACAGGCACACCCAAUAUACAUACAAGAUCGGCGACAAACUCACGACACACACACACACACACACACACACAUUAGACACAGCUAGGCCAGAGAAAAACAUGCAAAGCAAUAUUCAAUACUGAAAUAUUGAUCGUGGUCGUAACAGUAAUUAAUACAUACAGUGUAUCAAGGUUUCCUUUAUUCAGACAGAUUGGUUCCUUUGGAGGUCUUUUUUUCACACAAAGUUAAAAUUAAAAAAACAGUCUGAGUCAUACAGCACUUAUUAAAGCAUUUUAAGUAUUAACUUAGACAUUUGCAUGGAGCUGCACAGUGGUGAAUUAUAGUAUAAUCAACAUAAAAACAAAAACAGAGUUUGGAUGUUUCUUUCAAGGCCAUUUAAUGUUUACAAUAAAUAACAGUGGGCCCAGAACCAAACCUUGUGGUGCACCUUUGUGAACUUGAAGUGCCUUUGAGGUAGCACAUUUUAAAGCAGUAAAACAAUUAUAUCUGUUGACCCAGUAGCUUUAAGAUGUUUUGAUAAAAUGGCCUUGGAGAAAUCUUUAAAGUGAAACAGGAUCUUACUAUCCAGGGCUUCAAUCAAAUAGUUUAUCCCCAUCAUGGCAGCAGUAAUAGUCCUGUGGUUUCCACAGAAUCAUGAUGGACAAAUAAACAUUAAACACAGCCAGGUACUUUUAUACUACAUCAAUGUCCAGGGUUUCAAACACUGUAGUUAAAAUAGAUCUUUGGUCAUUCAGGACAGUGGGGACCUCGCCUUUAAAUAGGGGAACCACAGCUUAUGUUGGAUUUUAUUUGUACGCAGAGCAGAUUAAAAAUGUGACACAGUCUCUCUGCUGUAAAAUAAUAUGCAAAUAAGUCAUUUGACUAAUGUUGAAGUAAAGGGUUCAUUAUUUAUGCAUGUUACACGUAGCGUCUUUUAACGAGGAUCAAAUGGGUAACCUAUCAGUGUUGUCAUGUGGGACCUCGACAGAUGGGACGUGUGUCACAUUUGCAUAUUUGUUUUUGCAGGGUCACCCUUCUAACUUUGGCUCUUUGAAUGUGUGCGCAAAGUAAUAGUAUUGAAUUGUUAGGAAAGGUGACUAUAAAUCAUUUAACCACAACCAACAGAGUUCAGGUUGUCGGUCUUUACUGUUACAGUCUUUAAAAGGUCCUGGUCUCUCAUUAUUAAUGCCACUCUAUCAAGGAGAACCUGAACAAGCCUUAUCUGUGUAACCAAUACUCACUUUCAUGAAAUGACACUCCGAUCAGGUAACCACUUUAUUUCCUUCUUUAGAUAUUCACCCUUUGCAUUCCCUCUUACAGGGUUACCACUCUGCAUCUCCACAGCAAGUUUCUAAGAGGGGUUUGGCCUGGAGAUCUGGAUUUGCUGUGAAUUAUUUACAGGAGAAGUUUAUUUGUAGGAGCUGAUGGGUGCAGCUCAUUACCUGAGAGCCCCUGUUCUUCCUUUCUUAGAUGGACAUGUGUCCAACAGGAGAUGCCGUCACCGAACUUCAUGGUCACUGGUUCCUUCUAGUCGUCAUGUAGUCCUCCUACUUGGCUUUUUCUCUUGUACAAGAAGCUCUAAAUCUUGGAGCUCUUUUUAAGAAGGCAGACAUGACCAUGGAGACCUCACCAGUCAUCAAGCUAUACCACGAGGAGCUGCUGUUUUUCGCCGCCUGUGUUUGUAACUGCUGGGGUCUGUGUCUGUGUGUUUGUGUGUGUCUUGAGGGCAGAGUGUGUAGGAGAGGAGGCGGCGCUGGCAUGCGUUUGGGCAGCAGCUGGAGGUGGCAGCUCUCCCGGGCCAUGCGACUCACGCUGCGCUGGUGCCGUCCGCACAGAGGGGGCCGAGGCGGGGGAACCAAACCCUGGAUCAGCGGCAGGUUUCUGGAUCUGUGGAGCUACAGCAAACUGCUGCUCAAGUCCCUUUACUUCAACAGCCUCACGAACUCGGACACUCUGCUGGACUGUGCGUUUGAACCCGUCUACUGGAUCGUGGACAACGUGACCCGUUGGUUUGGAGUGGUGAGCUGUUGGUUUUUCAUCUGGGUGCUUCUCUUCUCUUUUCAUCCUCAAAUUUAGUCACUCACCCUCUUUCUCCUCCUCCUUCCUCAGGUGUUUGUCACUCUUGUUAUUCUGCUGACAACCUCAGUCGUGGUCAUCGUCUAUCUGUUUGUCAUACCCAUGAUCCUCAGCACCUACCCUGUGUACUGGAUCAUCUGGCACCUCUGCUGUGGACACUGGCUUCUCGUUAUGGUGGUCUUCCAUUAUUACAAGGCCACCACCACCUCUCCAGGACACCCACCCAAGGUACCAGCCCCUCAGAGAUAACGCUUAUACACUUUUUAAAGAUGCAGGAUUUGGGUCUAUUAAAAUGAAUAAUAAUAAUAAUAUAAUUCUGACUGCAGAUACUAGUAAGACCACUAAAAUAUAACACUGAGAUUGGCGAGUGAUGUGUUUGAGGACUAUUGGAGAAGUUGAAUGGAGUUUUUCACCACUUUAACCAGUUAGUGUUAUUAAAUAUCUUUUGUAUUUUUUUCUUUUGUUUUCUUUUCAUGUUUCUGCUCUUUACAGCAGUUUGCUUUGAUUUGAAUUGAUGUUCACCAAAUGAGGAUGUUCAAAACUCGAUUUCUAAAUAUAAAGAACAUUUUAAAAAAAAAAGACCUCUUAGAUAUUAUUUUAUGUUUUUGUAUUAAUAAAAAAAAAUUAACUUCAAGCUAAUCUGAGGGUAUGUAAAGCUGUGUUUUAAUAAGUAAUUUUGCAUAAAUAUAUAUUUUCUUUACUGAUCUAUUUUCACUUAAAAUCACAUGGAUAGUACACAGAUAAAGAACAUUUUUGGGCUCUUCAGUUGUCUUUUUUUCGCCUCUAACUGGAACACACCUAUCCUCAUCAGGACUCAAACUAGAGCUGUUUUGGUUAUACUUCUAAUUUUCUCAAGAGCUUUGGCGCCCCAGUGUUUUGUUUUAAUUUUAUCCUUGUUAUAUCGUGAUUGAAUCAGUCUGGUUAGGCUGACAAUAACACUCUCUCUUUUUGUUUCUUCAGGAUAAUAUUCAUAUCCCUUCAGUGUCCAUCUGUAAGAAAUGUAUCUCUCCAAAACCAGCCAGGACGCACCACUGUAGCAUCUGCAACAUGUAAGAUAAUCAAACAUUUAUUCUCAUGGAGAAAUAUCACGUGUUUUUUAUUCACCUUGAUGAAUUUGAUCUGGUUUUAAAAUUCUGUUUCUUUUCAGGUGUGUGUUGAAGAUGGACCACCACUGUCGUAUCCUUUUCAGAGGCUUUGACAAACAUGUCAAAUGAAUGAAAAUUGAACGUUUUAAGUAGUUUUUAAGUGUUUUUCAUUCAAUAUUUGCACACUUUGACCUGACCGCGUCUGCAGCCUGGUUGAAUAACUGCGUGGGCCAUUUCAACCACCGCUACUUUUUCUGCUUCUGCAUCUAUAUGACCCUGGGCUGCAUCUACUGCAGCAUCAGCAGCAGGAACAUGUUUAUGGAGGCAUACAAUGCCAUCGAGGUGAGACUCAAUAAUCUGCAGGAGAAUCACUCUGCAAACAAAACUCUAUUAUUAUUUUUAUUUGCCAGUAAAUUUGUUAGAGAAUCUAGAUGGUUGCACUCUUGAUUUCAUGGAGGUUGGUGGAGUUGGGUUUAGGUGAAAUGUUGUGAUGCCUGCUAAAGGGUGGUAAAAAGCACAAGUGGAGCUCAGAUGGCAAAUGACAAGUGAAACAGGAGACCUGUAAGUGAUCUUUGCUUUCUGUUCUCUCCUCUGAUCAUGGAUGACCUCAUCUAAGAGAAGAUCGUGCACCAGCUGCUAAACAAACAACUUCAGGCCUUUUCGCUUUGAAACCAACACAUAUUCUGGAGCCCCCUGUGCACAAGAUCCCGCAAAAAGAUUGGCAUGUUUGGCUUUUUCUUUUUGUGAAGUCUUUCUAUUCUCUGUCCCCUCUAGAGCUACUAUCAGACUCCACCUCCGACUGAAACCUACACAGAUACCACUGCUCACAAGAGCAUCAUCUUCCUCUGGGUCCUGACAAGGUGAAGAUUUUAUUACCGCCAUGUCAAGUAUUAUCCUCAGUGAAAGUUUAAUACUGUUAUACUGAUAGGUUGUAAUGUCUCUCUCUUGCAGCUCAGUGGCAGUAGCUCUGGGAGGACUCACCCUGUGGCACGUCAUCCUCAUAAGCAGAGGAGAGACCAGCGUGGAGCGCCAUAUCAACUGCAAAGAGACCAAAAGACUGAAAGAGCAGGGAAAGGUACAUGUGCGUGUUUACAACUGGACUAUAUCUGGAUUUGGGAACAACAGAUAUUUACUGUUUGAGAAAAUGUGGAAACAGCUAAAUAUAGUCAUCUUGAUUUGAGUAGUAUGAUAGUAUCCCUGGUACAAAGAUAUUUAAAGACAGUACAGCCUUCCCAUUCACUUUGAUUCCUUGCGUCAUUUCUAGAUGACUCCUCAGGGUGGCGCUAAUCACAUUUUCCUGCUUGCACCUUUUAGGAACAUUUUGUAACCCAGUGGUUCUCAAGUCCAGUCCUCGAGGCCCACAGUCCUGCAUGUUUCCCUGCUCCAACACACCUGAUUCAAAUGAUUAGCUCGUUAUUAAGCCAUUACAGAGCUUGAUAACGAGCUGAUCAUUUGAAUCAGGUGUGUUGGAGCAGGGAAACAUCCAAAACAUACAGGAAGUGGGGGCUCGAGGACUGGACUUGAGAACCACUGAGUUAACCCAAAGUUAAUAAGAUGUGUUGAUGUAUUAUAGUUUUAAUGACUAACAGUUGAUCAGUUAUCCAUCCUUAACUUGCAUGCUUGCAAACUUUUUUAAUGCAGAUUGAGACUGUCGUGCAAAGAGCUGUAAAAACAUUAACAACUCUGCAAGUGCAAAAAGUCGUUUGAAAAUGACACACGAGUGGUUGUUCAUUUUCCUCUCUUUGUACACAGGUGUUCAGAAAUCCCUUCCACCACGGGAGGAUGAACAAUCUGAAAAUACUAUUUGGUGUGGAAAAACAAAGGUAACCUUUUUUGUAGCAAGUAUCUUCAAAAAGUACCUGCACCAGUCCUUUAUCCAGUCAUGGUUAAAACAGCACCAGCUGUGGUUACUGAUGUUUUAGCUGACAGUGCAGCAGAAUCUGACGUUCAGAGGUUUAGACAGAGGAAGAUCUGCUUAUUACCGGUGUGUUUGUAACCCCAAAUGUGCCACACAGACCAUUUUUUUUAAACAACAGCGAUUAGAAAUAUCUGGUUUGCAUUAGUCAUUAUAUAAUGCAGGUCUGCUAUGAAGAGUGCACAGAAUUUCUAUGAUUCUCUAUGAUUAUCACAAGCUGCGUUUACAUGGGCACAAAUAAUCAGAAUAAAAUGCCUGAUCGGAAUAAAAAAGCGUCAUGUAAACAUGUCGAUCGGAAAAUUCUGAUCCAGUUUGGCUCAAUGGGAAAGAAAACGUAUUCCGAUUGAGAGGGGUGGUUAUUGCCCAUUGUUAUUCCGAAAUGUAUCCAAAAGCACUUAUUCCAAUCGUGACUCUCUUACCUGACUUGAUCGCCACUCUUACGCCUUUGGUUUAUUUACUGAGGUCAGUACAGGAGGUUUCAUUAUUAACACUCUGUCAUAAAUCAAAACUGCAGGAGCCGUAUCUGCCCGCACAGGGCAACCUUUGACAGAACAGUAAAAUAAGUACGCAAGGGCGCCAUCUAGUGACAAUAUUUAACAGGGGAAAACUCCUGAAUUGGAUGCCGUAAGCCACUACCAUGUUUGCUGUUUUAUUGACGUAAAUACAACUCUUCUUCUUCUGCAGAUGUUUUAGCGAAAUCAGACAACUCUGUGCAUGUCCAACUGCUUCUAAUCUGAAUAAAACUUGGUGCGUGUAUACGCACAUCAUGAUCGGAUUAUUUGACUUUGCGCCCAUAUAAUCGGUUGAUUCACAAUAUCCGAUCCCGUAAAUUUUCAAUUGGAUCAAGAAAUUUUGCACAUGUAAACGUAGCUAUCGUAUCAGUUUUUAUUCAGUAAGGAUAAUGGUGAUAUUGGCCUUGUGAGGGCCGAUACUGGUAUGAUGCCAGUAAUGUCAAAAUGCCAUUUACUGAACAAUUAAUCAGUCUGUCUGUGUUUGAUAUUGUCCCAUUAUCACUUCAAACUCUGAUCCAGGUUCUUUGCUCUUCUCUUCCUCAGUCACUGGGUCACACGGGUCCUGCUGCCUUCCAGCCACCCCCCUAGUGGAGACGGCAUCAUGUGGGACUGCAUCUUCAAUAGAAGGGGUCCCAUGGCUAUUUGACCUCCACCCUUUAAACUUUAAACUUGUGAAACUUUUCGCCUGCAUUCAUACCACAAGCAAGGAUCGGCAUCUGAAACUGCUGUGACCAACCACGAGAAGAAGAGCUUUACUUCAUCUGUUUCGUCUGCUGCUGUAAACAAUCAAAUACAAAAGAGGAAACUGUUCAAUAACACCAACAAGGAGGUUUUUGUUGGCCUUGGUAUUUUUACCACUAGAAGAUGGAACCAUGUAGAAGCAACCAUUAGUAAAUUUAUUUUCCACCUAACCUCAGUCCUCUCUGCACAUCGCAUCAAGACUGCCAUCUACUGACACCUCCCUGUGACUACAGCACUGUUGACUGAUGACAUCCAUUAAUAACGCUGCAGGACAGCUGUCGACUCUCAAAGCACUCUGUGUUUUUUGGGGUUUUAAAAUCUCAAACCAACACUACAGCCUCAUGUGUGAAUUAAAGGAGGAUUGACAGGAGUUUGUAAGAACACCAGCUUUAAAUUCAGACUUUUUUAAAGGUGCUAUGUGGUGAAUUUCCUAACAUUAAAACCUAAAUUAAAGUUCACUGUUUGAGCUCCUGUGAGGGACAGGAAUGAUAAGACUUCAACUGAGGAUCUCCUGGAAAAUCGGCUCGCCUGAUCUUCAGUUUAAGAGGCAAAUAGUUUUGUUUUCCCCACACCAACCUUUAAUCUUCAUCCAGUUUAAUCCAGGAGAAUCUCGCCACACCUUUGUAAACAGAGUGACACUCUACUCGAAGAGGCUCUUGUUUGUUUCUACUUCUUUAAUGUGCCAGAAAUCCUGUUCUGAUUGUUCAUAGGUAAAAAAAAAAAAUGCAGACCAUAGCACCAUCAAUUAUUGACUCUGUAUUGAUCCCUGACUAUGUGUUUAAUCAGGGAUCAGAGCGUGGACCACAUCAUGCCUGUAGAGGUCUUCACUUUUGACUGGUUGUCCAUUAUGUGUGUGUGUCUUAUCUGUCUUGUGAGUUGGAGACAAAUCCAAGUGUUUCUUAACAUGAGGGAGGCAAAUUUUCUGAGGAAUUUUCUAAACCAUUUUGUCCGGUGAUAAUUUCAUAACUGUCUUUUUUAAAAACAGUUGAAGCUUUACUACUCAGCAUGCGGACUCUUGCUUUUACUUUGCUGCUGUGUAUUUUUGGUGCGUGUGCUAAUGAGCUUGAGAGGGAGUGCUUUAAACCGAGGUUCCAGUGUGCAAAAGCAUACAACUAAGAGCUUUAUUUCAUUGUUUUCACUGUAUGACUUGAAUUGUUGCUUACUUAUAACUUUAACGGAGGAAAACAACCCUGCACUGAACUCAGUUUAGCAUCACUGAACUUUGUUCUUCUUACAGAGACAGGAAAUCAUGGUGUGCCUUGUUUGGCUGUCCUACCUUUUAAACUGAGGUAGUGAAUAACUAAGUGAAUCAGGCACUGUGUGAUAUGAUUCAAGAUGUUAUCAUCCUUUUGAUAUUUCUCAUCAUGUGUGCUCAUCCAGUGUCUUAAUUGUGAAUUGUUUGGAUCUGUAGUUGCCAUAGAAACGUGAAAUACAGCUGUGAUAUCAUUUGUAAGUGAUGGGAGCUGAGCUCCGGUUUUUCCAUUUGUGUUUUUUUUAAUAAAUCAUAUUUGAUAUUCAAA